AUGUCUCAGCCGGUUGCAGAAUACCCGCAAACCUCCCCGUACGGACGCACUAAUACAGGCAAUCCUGAGAAGAAUAAGAAGCAAUCUUUUUCUCAACCACUUAUGAACCAUCCUUUGCCGAUUCUAACGUCUAUCGCUACGGCCGCAGGUCUUGCAACCAUGCCGCAGAAGGAACCCAUUAUCUCUGUCAACGCUUCUCACACACAAGAUGCCCCUUUUGGCUCGGACUUACCGCCCCACCUAAUCCCUCGCGGCUACCAGUUCGAACUCUUUCGGCGGGCGUGCAAGGAGAAUGUCAUCGCUUUUUUGGAAACAGGCUCUGGGAAGACCCUAGUGGCUGCCUUGUUGAUAAAAAAGACCAUUGAAGACUUGGCAAACACCGAAGCCCAGAUCAAUGCAUCUCCUAUGAAUGCGGAUGAAGACUUGCAUGACACCGAAGACGACAACGAAUCAGUUGACGACCUUGAGUAUGGUGACAGUGAUGACGACAACAACGAUACCGAUGGCGAGGACUACGAGGACAACACCAAAUUCGACCCUGAUGAGGACGACGACCAAGACUCUAUCCAAUACAGUAUUGAGGCGAGUGAUGAAGACUGCGACAGCAGUUCUGAUCUGGGUUACACCAUAGGAAACAUUAAGAGUCAUGAACAACACGUCAUCGGAGAUAACCAUAAGGAAAGUUCCACUUGGGUUGACUCAGAGCAACCAAAACAUACAAGGUGCAAACAAUAUGUCUCCAGACGAGAAGAACCAGAUAGAGAUUGGACUCUUGACCCAGACAACGGGCCCUGGUCGAGCACUUCAGAACUGCAAGUCUCUAGUCCUGACCAUGCUGGAGCAGCCGGAGCAGAUAUGCAGUCGUCAAGUAGUUCAAAUUCGCAAAAAACAUCUGGAAUGCUGCGGACCCCGCAACGUCGUCCUGGGACCCGUCGGCAGAGCCCUUCUCCUCCUCCAGUGAACAUAUCGCCUAAGGCAUGCGAUGAUCGGGUCAGCGGUGGCGUUUCUGUUUCUUCUGGCGCUGCAGACUUUGGCUGUCAGGGGAAAAAGAUUGCUGUUUUUCUUGUUCAUCGGGUUCCUCUUGUUCCACAGCAGGCAAAGGUAGUUCAAUCUGUUAUGAGAGCAGAUGUUGACGUGGGUAUGUAUUACGGGGAGAAAUGUGUUGAUUGGUCUUCCUCUCAAUGGGCAAGGAGCCUUAGAACUAAAAGAGUUCUCGUUAUGACCGCACAAGUCUUCCUAAACUUGCUUCGCCAUGGCUUAGUCGGCAUCAGGAGCAUAGCCGUUUUGGUUCUUGAUGAAGUGCAUCACGCCACGAAGAACCAUCCAUAUCGCAGGCUCUUCUUGGAGUUUUACCACACACUACCCGCUGGAGAACCACGGCCCCGUGUCUUCGGGAUGACUGCAACGCCAGUUAAAGCAAAGGCUGCUUCUCAGAAGUCCGACCCCUGCCUGAAGGCUAUUCUGGCCUUAGAGGCAACUUUGGAUGCCACUGUUGUAACAGUGUCCACCGAAGCUCAGUCAGAGGUCGAAGUAUUGGUUCCAAAACCUGAGGAAUUUAUCGCAUUGUUUGAAGGAAGCGAGAUGAACAUGGAACUGAAUGAAGAGGAGUUGGCAGAACUUGAGACACCAUCGUUGGCAUCUGUCAUGGAAUUAGUCACGUCGGCCCACUCGAAACAUCCGAGUGAUGCACAGAUCGCCGUGCGAGAUUCCCGCCUGUCAGAUGGAAAACUCGAGCCACAAGAAGGAAACACACUAAACUACUUAUUGUGGAAUCUGGGGUUUCGAGCAGCAGCGUACUUCGCUAGAGAGUUGUGUGCCCUGAAGGGCAUUUGUUCUGGAGAUGUUGUUGAUGCACUACUUCAAAAAUCAUCUGAAAAGGAUAUCAAGAUAGGAGGAAUCACUUCCAGGGUAUCUAUGCUUCUCGACAUUCUGUUCUCCGAGUACAUGAGAUGCAGAGGGGAUUUGGAAGUUUCCGCGGAUUCUAAAGAUUUAAGAGAGACUUUCCGAUGCAUCGUGUUUGUGAAAGAGAGAGUAACAGCCGUAGCGCUAGCGUGGUUGAUCAACUCAGUGUUUAAGGAUUUGAAAUGUCCAGAGCUAAGCGCCAGGUCUGCUGUUGGGGUGCAAAAUAGCACAUCUCGAGUCCGUAUGUCUCAAUCAAAGCUGCUGACAACACUUUCGGAUUUUCAAGGGGGACUCUUCGGUAUUCUUGUUGCCACAAGCGUCGUUGAAGAAGGUCUUGAUGUUCCAGCUUGUCGACUGGUUGUGGCGUGUGAUGUGAUCAUGUCGCCGUCAGGUUAUGUACAGCGUAGGGGACGGGCAAGAAAAAGAGGUGCUCGAUAUAUUAGCUUUUUGGAGCGCGGCUCCGAGGAGGCCUAUAAUGAUGCCUCCAAAGCCCGUGCAGGUGCUAGAAUGAUGAGCUUGGUUGUAAGCUCGGAGAAAGCGCAGGAUGGUGAUAGCUUGGUCUAUCGGAAUGAACUUGUGAAAGGUUCUCUGCUGUCCGAAGACACGCUGUACUCAAGGACGACACGAGCUCAGGUUACUGGUACUGAAGCUGUGAAUUUAUUGUAUCGUUACAACGAGGGGAAGGCUGCCGCUGCCGGGUUCAGCGAUGCUCCAACGCCUGAAUACGUCUUGACAAGAACGAGCACUGGAGCAUUUACAUGUCAAGUAAAGCUCCAUGCUACGGUUUCAAUAGGAUCUGAUGUCUGUAUAAGUCCACAGGAAACAGAACUGAAUGCGAAGCGCGCCGCGGCUCUCGAAGUCUACUCACGGUUGUACGAAGCAGGGGAGGUGGAUGAAUUCCUUCUUCCGAAAAGACAAACGAAGAAACGAGUGCGACAGAUCUUGAAGACUUCGAACGGGCAGAAUACAAACGUUCCGGUUCGAGGGAGAAGAAGGAGUGAUAGAGAAAAACAGACCAAGUCGGCAAAGAGAGACAGAAGGGUACGCAAGUGCCGUAUUGCGCACCCAGAUGCGUUACAAUCACCGUGCAAUAGAGUAUCCCAUGGUCCUGUUUCCGCUGAGCACGUCGAGGAGGGGCCACAGAAUGCUAUCCUGAGAAAUCUCCCACAUGCGGAACGAGUAGUUCGAGGGAAUUCUUCUGCCAACGCGGAAUUUCUCCCUGACCACACACGACGUGCAGCGACAAGCGUCUCCGAGGAGCAAGUUGAGGGACAGCAGAUGCUUAUGUUUCGUGUUCAAGUUGACGAGUGCCUUGAUGAAUUGAAAUUUCUAUCACAAAGUACAGAUCCCCAAUUCGGUAUACUGGUGAAGAAUGACAUCCCACCAGAGGAUUGGAAGAGCAUGAGAUGCCCCUCUGGGGAAGACCUUAUUUCCUUACAAUUUAAGAAACGAAUCCCUUGGAAUGAAGAGAUGCAAGAGACGGCCUACAAAUAUGUUCGGAGCUUACAACUUUGUCUUCGUGGAAGAGCACCUGGCUCUCCAGGGGCGAUGGAGCUUUACGAGAAGGAUUACAGCAAGAACAAAAGGACGGGAUUCCUCCUUCUGCCCCUAAAGAAGUGUGAGAGCAGUUCCGAACUCGAUAUUGAUUGGCCAAGCAUUGAAAAGCUUCUCUGUUUUGGGUGGAGAUGUGGACCUUUGGAGUUUGCAGACCACGAACAACAUCUCAAACAAGGACUAGAGCACUCGUUACUAUGUUCCUAUCAUGAAAGCUUUGGCCGCGUGUACCUCAGCGGUGAAUUCAGCACGCAUCUGCGUGCUAGUUCUUCUUCGCAAGGUUUCUUAAAUUCCAAUUUCAAGACCUUUGCGGACUAUUUUUUGAAAAAACAUGAUACGCAGGUUCCGGAUGAGGAGCUUAACCUCAUAGAAGGAUAUAUUGUUUUGGACAGAAUGUGUGGUUUGUCGGCGUCACCAUUUAUGCUGCCACCCGAGCUGUGCAGGAUUAUCCCUAUCCCGCCAAUUGCAUGCUACAUUGCCUCCAUUUUACCGCAAUGGCAAACAUUCUUAGCCCUCCGAAGUUGCUGGCGACGCAAUCGCAUCUGUCCAGAUGAUGAGGGCUUCAUAUCGUUUGCACGAGCGUUGCAACCAAAUAUCAACAAUAUCGCCAAGGAUGACGUCGACUUGUCCCACGAGCGUUUAGAAUUUCUCGGAGAUGCUGUGUUGAAGGUUCUGUUUUCGAUGGCCGCAUUUGUUGCCAACCCUCUCGACAGUGAGGGGUUUCUCAGUGACGAGAGGGACAUUGAGGUCAGUAAUCAGAAGCUAGCUGAUCUUGCGAUCGAGAUGAAAAUUCAAGAUUGCGUAGCAUUCUCAGGCGUAACCCAAAAAGCGAAAUCAUGGCCAUGGUUUUGGGGGACUCACCAGAACAAAUCAGUUCCCAUAUCCCAGAAGGUACUGGCUGAUUGCGUUGAGGCGUUGAUAGGCGCACAUUACCUUCAGGGAGGCAUAGAGGCGGCAGCUGUAUUCAUGGACAAACAUAAGGUCCUGCCUGGAGGAUGCAGCGUUUUGGGAAUUUCUGAAGACGGGAGAAAAAGCGAAGGUGCUCUCGUGAAAGUCCCGGACUUUGGACCCUCAGAUAAUCGAAAAGAUUCCGUGUACAUUGAAGAAGUAGAAAAGAUUAUUGGGUACCAAUUCCGCGACAGGGGGCACUUAGUGGUUGCAUUGACACACGGAAGCUUCCGAAAUGGGCACAGCCCCUCAUACCAGAGGUACGAAUACCUUGGAGAUGCAAUCAUCGGAUGCUUACUUUUGUCUCAUCUGUUCGAUCAAUAUGCCGAUGCGGGUCCAGGAGACCUGACUGCUUUGCGUGGCCCAGCACUGAGCAAUGACUUGUUCGCACGCGUGAUCGUGUCACUGAAUAUUCAUGAACGAUUCUGGUUUGAAUGUCCUCCUUUUGAAGUUGAAAUCAAAAAGUUUGCAAACCUUCUUGCAAACGAACGAAGCGGUGAAGAUGUCUGCAAGCAAAUGACUGUUCCAAAGGUACUCGGGGAUCUAUUAGAGGCCAUCGUUGGUGCUGUAGUAAUUGACAAGGGCAUGAAAUUGGACGGCGUCAAGGACAUUGUGUUAGCUCUCAUGCACAAAGAGUUGCGGAGAUUCUGUGACCCUGAAAGCUUCAAACAUAAUCCUGUAUCUGAAUUGGUUCAAUAUGUACAAAGGGUGCAUAAACUUCGUCCAUCGUACAAGUACUACAAUGGGGAAAACAGCAUUGAAACCGAAUGUGCAAUUCUUGUGAAUAAUAGGGAGGUCUUUCGUGCGAGUGGACCUACCCGGCGAGUGGCAAAACACAUGGCAGCUGUCGAGAGCCUAAAUAUUCUCAAGAAAGAACAAGAUGGCGACGGUCCCAUUCUCACCAAAUAUGACGGAAGUAUUUGACUAUGCGAAGUAUGAUAGCAAAACUGACCGAGGGACUACGGCCAAGUACUGCUUCACAUCAGGCAAUUCACUGUGUUGGUUCAUUUAUCUCAUUGAAAUUGCUCUAGAAUGCUGCUUCCAUUUCUACUGCCAUCCAAUAUGCUCAGAAACUCGCAGCCGGGAUAUUGAGUUUCAGGUCGCAGUGCUUUCAAAUUGGACUUUGUGGAUUUCUUGUGUAUGAAUCACAAGUGACCUAACCUCAUAUGAGAUUACUUUUCAAUUUGUUUUUUUUCCGUAUUUGUGCUUUCUCGAUAAGAAGGAGAAUGAUACCCUCGCCACUGUACUUGACUUCUGCAUUGCGGAAGGGUAGAUUUCAUUGAGAUCUGGAUGUCCUUUCCGGUCGUUCUUAAAAUUGCCAGGCAAGGAAGCUAUUUUGAGCAACCCUGAAACUUCAUAUAUUCAUAUCUUCGGAACCAAAGCCUCCGUGUAGAAACGCAACUGAUAGUUUCAACUCCAGUAGAUUCUCAUUCUUGUAGUUUUGAAAACUGCUAUCCCAAUAUUCUGCAAGAUGUUAUUACCGUAGUCCGGUAUGUUAA